UGUAUGCACCUGUAAAUAUGAAACUAGGUCAUUGUUCUAUCACGUAGACUGAAAGUACAGUCGUGCCAUGGAUAAACAGAAGUUAUUGGAUUUGGCGGGAUAUGCUGCUAUAGGAUGCAGCGCCUAUUUUUCAGGGGCUGCCCUGUAUAUAAAUGUGGUCCAGGUACCCACCAUGUUUGCCGUGGCGCCUGAUACUAAAACUCUGCUGAAGGAAUGGAGAGAGACGUUUACACGUGCCCGUAUUCUCCAGGCACCUUUUGCUGUACUGGGUGCGGCCUCUGGAUUGGCCAUGUACUAUUUCACUGACCGCGGUCAGUAUCGCUACCUCUGGUUGGCUGGAGCUUUGACUUUACUGACCGGUAUGCCGUGGACCAAACUGGUCAUGAUGCCAGAUAUCAAAAAACUCCACGAAGACGACAUCCUGGAAAGGAAAGGUGAGACUUGGAUUCGUGAGAAGAUCGCACGCUGGAACCGACUUCAUGGCUUCAGAACAAUAACAUCGGGUUUGGCCUUCCACCUCAUGAUGGCGGCCGUUUAUCUUGAUAGAAUGACGUAAUAAAUAAACUAGGACUAGGAAAGUGUAUUAUAUAGUGAAAAGUUGCUAUUUUGCACAAUUUUAUAUGAAGUCUAAUAAUAAAAUUUUAAUUCAAGAA